AUGCUGGACUACGAGAGCAUCUUAGUAGCAGUCUCCAUCACCUUCUUCAUCCUGACACUGGUCAUUGGGCGCCUCCUCGGUCUUAGUGAGCUGACCAAAAAGGGGCUCCCAUGCCCGCUUCAAGCGCUUGCAGGCAAGGCCUUGUGUCACAUACACCACAAGUCUGCAGAGCUGGAGGAGACUCGCAAGAAGGAGGAAGCAGCACGAACGGCUCGGGGCGUGAAGCUCUGCAUCGGAGGCGGAGAACAAAAGUGCCCUGACAAGGCGGAGCUCCCCCUCGACUCUGAUCAGUCAACAUGCGACGCAUGCAUCAAGAAGAUCAGGGAGCGCUCGCUGGUCAACAAGGCGAAGCGGGACGCAGCCACUGCAGAGAGGAACAAAGCCAAGGCCACCAAGGGCGUCAAGGAGUGCAUCGCUUGCCACAAAGAGCGCCCUGAUGCUGACUUUGUGGCUGAGCGACGCGCAAAAGGAGGCGGAGAGCCAGUCUCCGACCGGUGCAAGGCGUGCCGGGAGCGGGCCAAGGAGGACCUCCAUGAAUCUUCCUCGGACCUCCAUGAAUCUUCCUCGGGUGCCGGUGUCGUAUGGUCCUCGUAG